UUCUCGCCUCACUGUUUUGCUGUGAUUUUCUGCUCCUGGGGGGACACACCUCGUCCUGCGACACAACUCAUCGUCUUUAUUUGCACUUUAAGAAAGCAAAAAUAGACAGAAAAAAGGCUUCGAGUCGCAUUUAGCUGCAUAUUAUCGUCGAGGGUGGAGGAAUUCUGCUGGCUUCACCGUGCCUGACAGGUUUAGGAAGCGCUUCCCACCUCCCCUCCGCGGAGCCUCAUCCGGCAGGACCAGUCGUUGUGGUCGGGCUGUUCAUGUUCGUGAGAGCUGGGUCCUCUCUUGUUCCAGCGCGGGGCUGCGGGGCCGUGCAGCCGUGCUCCGGGUCGUUUAUACGAACCUACAGAGCAUGUUAAUCGCGGCAGGCCAAGCGGCGGACGGACUGGAGAUGCCCACAGGCUAACGCCGCUAACGUACGCGGACCACGGCUAGGUCGCAAACAUUUGGAGCUUAGCACACAGCUGUCAAAAAUAACAACGCAGCAUUGAUAGUCAUUGAUUUUAGGAGUUUAUUUUUUUGUUUACGAGGACGAACAGCUAAGAAAAGAUGAAAAACAGAGGCUAGCUAAACAACUAACACCAAAAGAGAGUAAAGGUACAGUUUACUAAUGAUUCACUCAUCUAUGAAGUUGUCUCGUAUCGACUUGUUUAACAAAGCCUAACUUGAGCAUGAUAACCAAGUAACGAAACAAAGGCGGUGCGAUAAGAUAGACGUUUUCAUUACAUCACUUUAAAACACUAGUUUGUUCACUUUAAACCUGUUCGCCAUGACGGAGGGGAACGUUCAGCAGCAGAGGACCCCUUUAGCCCGAGAGCUAACCAGGGUGUUCAGCAGCUACAACAAGCACUCCAUCCAGCUGAGGAAGAACCUGAAGGAAACCAACGCUUUCUUUCGGGAGAUAAGGCAGAACUACAGCAAUGCCAGUGCAUCAACAACAAGCUCGGAUUCAGCCUCUCUGGAGGCAGGUCAGCUCAGCUGCAUUUGUUUCCCAACCCAUGAGGAAGAAUUCCUACGUAACACAGUUGGUGCUGCCCCGUCUGUCCUGGUUCUGGGUCAGGACUGCGCUGCCCGCUACCAGCUGCUCAACUGCCUCCUGGGAGAGAGGCUGCUGCCMCUGGGCCCUGAGGCCGGAGAGGCGUGCAGGGGAGUCCAGGGCCUGGUCUGCAAGAGGAGGAAGCUGUGUUUCACCCACGGGAGGCAGACCCGGAUCAGCCUGGCGCUGCCCGGUCAGUACGAGCUGGUGCAUCAGCUGGCUGCCAACCGAGGCCGCUGGGAUACGGUUCCGCGGGAGGACCUGGAGAUCCACGAGGAGUGUGAGGACCCGGCUCACAGGUUGGCUGAGCUGGAAAUCACUCUGCAUCACCCCAUGCUUCAGGAGGCGAAGGUGAUGGUGGCACCCUGUUCCAACGUCCAGCCCAUAGAAGAAGCCCUGGAGGACUGCACUCGCAACAUGAUUCCCAUCAUCCUCUACGCCAUCAACCAGGACUCCCUGACCUCGGAGCAGGCGGCUGAGCUCUGGAAGGUCAAAGAGAUGCUCUCCUUCCCCGUCUGCUUCAUCCGCGUCCCCGACGCAGCGCCGGCGGCCUCUCCGGAGCCCGGGCGCCGGGCGGAGAAGGACCGGGAGAAGAGCGCCUUACAGAAGCAGCUGCUCUCGCUCGGCCUCUUAAACAGCCAGACGGGGAGCUGUUCCUGCGGCGCCCCCACGCAGGUCCCCACCCCGGGGGCCAAGCCCCAGAGCGUGCUGGGGGAAUCAUUCGAAAGACUGCACCGGUUGCUGGUUCCGUUCGCUCGCCAAGUCCUCCAAAACCAACAGGUGGAGGCCGCCAACCUGCUCAACAAGCUUCACUGUCGAUGUCUGGAUCUUUUCAUCAACCAGGCCUUCGACAUGCAGCGGGACCUGCAGAUAACCCCCCGCAGGCUGGAGUACACCCGCGAGAAGGAGGGCGAGCUCUUCAACUCCUUGAUGGCCAUCGCCAACCGGAAACAGGAAGAGAUGAAGGAGAUGAUCGUGGAGACCCUCAGCGGCAUGAAAGAGCAGCUCCUGGAGGACGCAGCCAACUUGGAGUUUAAAGACAUCAUCGUAACGACCAACGGAGAGCCGGUUACGUCAAAGGAAAUUAAGUCCUGCAUCAACUCGAUCCAGGAGCUGAUAGUGCUGCGUUUGAAUCAGGCCGUGGCGAACAAGCUAAUCAGCUCUGUGGACUAUCUGAGGGAGAGCUUUGUGGGAACCCUGGAGCGUUGUCUCAGCAGCCUGGAGAAAUCCAACAUCGACUCCUCUGUUCACAACAUCACAUCUAAUCAUCUGAAACAGUUAUUAAAUGCUGCCUAUCAUGUGGAGGUCACCUUUCAUUCAGGGUCUUCUGUCACAAGAUUCGUCUGGGAACAAAUCAAGCAGAUAAUCCACAGGAUAACGUUUGUCAACACGCCCGCCAUCACUCCAGAGUGGAAGCGAAAAGUCGCCCAGGAUGCCAUAGAAAGCCUGAGCGCCGCCAAGCUGGCUCGAAGCAUCUGCUCCCAGUUCAGAACCCGACUSAACAGCUCGCACGAGGCCUUCGCCGCUUCUUUACGCCAGCUGGAGGAGGGCCACACGGGCCGACUGGAGCGGACCGAGGACCUGUGGCUGCGUGUCAGGAAAGACCACGCCCCUCGCCUGGCUCGCCUGUCGUUAGAGAGCCGCUCCCUGAGGGAUGUGUUGUUGCACGGCAAGCCGAAGCUCGGACCUGAGUUGGGUCGGGGUCAGUACGGGGUAGUGUACCUGUGUGACAGCUGGGGCGGACACUACCCCUGCGCCCUGAAGUCCGUGGUUCCACCUGACGAUAAACACUGGAAUGACCUGGCGUUAGAGUUUCACUACACACGGUCUCUGCCCAAACACGAGCGGCUCGUCAACCUGCACGGUUCUGUCAUCGAUCACACGUACGGCGGCGGCUCCAGCAUCGCCGUGCUGCUCAUCAUGGAGCGGCUGCAUCGAGACCUGUACACGGGGCUGAAGGCCGGUUUGUCGCUGAGGGAGAGACUUCAGAUCGCUCUGGACGUGGUGGAGGGGAUCCGCUUCCUGCACAGUCAGGGUCUGGUUCACCGAGACAUCAAACUGAAAAAUGUUCUGUUGGACAAACAGAACCGAGCGAAGAUCACCGACCUCGGCUUCUGUAAACCAGAGGCCAUGAUGUCCGGCAGCAUCGUAGGAACUCCCAUCCACAUGGCCCCGGAGCUGUUUACAGGAAAAUACGAUAACUCUGUCGACGUUUACGCCUUUGGGAUCCUGUUCUGGUACCUCUGCACCGGUUCAGUUAAACUCCCAGAAGCCUUUGAGAAGUGCUCCAGCAAGGACCAACUCUGGAAUAAUGUUAAAAAAGGUUCCAGACCGGAGCGACAGCCGGCCUUCGACGAGGAAUGCUGGCAGCUGAUGGAGGCGUGCUGGAACGGCGACCCCUCCCUGCGACCGCUGCUCGGCAUCGUGCAGCCCAGCCUGCAGAGCAUCAUGGAGCGACUGUGCGGUGGCGGCGGCUCGGAGCAGAAAAGCAGCAGCCUMGACGACUCCAGCUGAAAACACUCCCCACGAACUAACGAACAGGAGAACCGUUCGGACCAACAGGAGAGGGCGAUCGACGUUUUGCUCGUCGCCGUUUGAUUCACUUUAAUUUAUGAGGAGCUGAACGACGCCAGGCGUGUGCAAAUAUGUGUGUUUUAUUGUUUGUGCUUUGUGUACUUGUAUACAAACUCCACACUAUGCUUGUCUGGUAGCUGCAGCGCUAAUUGCUACUUUUGUCGUAGAAAUGUUACUAGAAGCAAACUUUGUUUUAAAGAGUAGUGCAUUCACAGUAUUAUAAAAAAUAUAUAAAUAUAUGAGAUUAAUUUUAGAUUGUAUUUAAACUGAACGUGUCUGUGUGUAUUCAAAACAUCUUUUUUAAUAAAAUGAUCUGUUACAACAAA